AUGGCUCUGAUCUCUCUGGAAGACCUCGAGGGAUUAGACGAUGAGCAGCUGGACGAUGACAUCACCGACAACCCUGAGCCAAUGGAUGAAGAGGAGGGAGGCCGGCUGCUGAGCCACUGGCAGGCCGUGGCUAGCGCCCACCAGGUGUCGGUUCCUGCAGAGAUGACCGGACCCAUACAGGAAAUGACACGCAACAGCACGCAGAGGGAGCCCCUCCCCUUCGCCAACAUCUCGUGUCAUGAGAAGAUGGGGGAAGUUCUUUUCGAGGAGCGGGUCUACCCGGCGGGUCACUGGGCCUGUGUGACCCGAGGAGAGAAGCUGUACGAGCAGAGCAUCUCCAUGGCCUUCAUGAAGCUGAUGCGCUUCAUCUGUAAGGAGAAUACUGCAGGUCGGUUCUUGGGGAUGACGGUUCCUGUAAUCAGCAACGUCCACAUGCUGGACGACGGAACCUCGUUUGAGAAGGACGUGGAGACGGCGUUCUACCUGCCCGCCGAGUUCCAGAGCAACCCACCGCAGUCCUCCGACUCUGAUGUCACCAUCGUCUACCGGGAGCCAAUCAGAGUCUUCGCCAGGACGUUCUUUGGGACGACCAAUGAGGAGACGGUGAGCCGUCAGAUCCACCUGCUGUGGGAGAUCCUCGGUCUCCGUGACGACCUGCGUAGCGACCGCUACAUCGUCGCUGCCUACGAGAAUCCCGGCGUGCCACGGCGCCGCAACGAGAUCUGGUUCAUCAGACGCGACCUGUAG